UGGCUGUUCCUGCGGCGCGCUCUGUGUGCGGGCGGGAGGCCUGGGUGCAAAUCCGGCGCCGGCGCCGCCGCUGGCCGGCGCUGCAGAGCCAGGCUCGGGGCUCGGGGAGCGCAGCCCCUUCCUUGCCUCCUCGUCCCUCCUCUCGAGCGCUCCGGGCCGGCCCUGCCGCUCUCUCUGCGGCGGCGGCGGGCGGAGCUCCGGCCAGGCCAGCGCAUCGGGGGCGGCGGCAGCGGCGGCGGCAGCAGCAGCAGCUGGCGCGCAGCAUGUCCUGGCGGAGGGGCCACCGCGCCGCCCGGUUGCGCGCCUGAGCCGAGCCGAGCCGAGCCGUGCCGGGGGGUGGGGGGGGUGGGCGGCCAUGGCCAAGGAGCAGGCGUGGGCGGCGGCGGGGGGCGGCGGCGGGGGGCCCGGCCCGCGGCUGUGCUGCAUGCAGAAGGGCGACCAGGGCUACGGCUUCCACCUGCACGGCGAGAAGGGCAAGAGCGGGCAGUUCAUCCGCAAAGUGGAGCCCGGCUCGCCCGCCGAGGCCGCGGGGCUGCGCGCAGGGGACCGCCUCGUCCAGGUCAACGGCGUCAACGUCGAGAAGGAGACCCACCACCAGGUGGUGCAGCGGAUCAAAGCCGUCGAAGCCGAGACCCGUUUGCUGGUGGUGGACAAAGAGGCGGAUGACUGCCUCCGGAGCCUGCGACUGACCUGCACCGAGGAGAUGGUGCACAUGGGUAUCCCAGCCAACGUCGACACGUCGCCCGUCAAAUCGCUGACCAGCGACAACGGAGACGUUUGGAAGCCCCAGGCGGAGCUGAGCAGCCGGCAUCUGAAGAGGCACAAGCAUAGUCUGAGUUCGGAGAGUGGGAAGAAGAAUCUGAACGGCCAAGCCAAGGAGUUCUGCCCGCGGCUCUGUCUCCUCCAAAAGGGCCCCACGGGUUAUGGGUUCAACCUCCACAGUGAAAAAGCCCGCCCCGGGCAGUUCAUCCGGUCAGUUGACUCAGAUUCACCAGCAUCGAAAGCGGGACUCAGACCACAGGAUAAGCUCGUGGAGGUCAAUGGGAUCAACGUGGAGGGCAUGAAGCAUUCCGAGGUGGUGGCCCAAAUCAAAUCCAAGGAGAGCGAAGCCAAGUUGCUGGUGGUGGACCCCGAGACAGAUGAACACUUCAAGAAACUGGGCAUUGUUCCAACUGAGGAGCACGUCAGAGGUGGGGUUUCUCAGCCCAUGACCAACGGGUCAGUGCAAACACAGCUGAACGGCGGAUCUGUGUCUUCGUCCCACAGCGAUUGCCAAAGUCCUGAGAAAGAAUCGGAGCUUGGGGAGCCCGGCAAAAAGGACCCCUUUGAAGAGAGCGGCUUGGACUUGAGUCCGACGGCAGCGGAAGCCAAAGAGAAAGUGCGGGCCAAGCGGGUGAACAAGCGCGCCCCCCAGAUGGACUGGAAUAAGAAGCGGGAGAUUUUCAGCAACUUCUGAGCCCUCCGCCCAGCCAGGCUUCCCUUCCUUUGCGGCCUCCUCCUCCCCCUCCUCAGCUGCCAGACGUUUGCAACGCGCACGAAUCCUGCCCGCCCCUCUCUGGGUAAUAGCUCCCAGGCACUCCACACCCUGGCCUGGCCUCAAUAGGUUUGAAUCGCUCUGUGCAAGGCAGAUUUUGAAAGCGCCUCUUCUUUUGCAAAACCUGUGGAAGGAGGGGAGAGACCGGAAACGCUGAGCUGAAGAGCCGAAAGCGUGAAGCUGAAGUUCCAACCAAGAGCGGGAAAGGCCAGGCGGCGGAUCACUUAAAACCUGCGAUAUUUAGGAUAUAUUGUUUAUAUGUCCAUUUUUAUAUAAUUAACUGUUUGGGGUUUUCUCUUUUCCAUUUUUUUUUUCCUCCUUUCAGAUACUUUGAAAUAUUUUUACAUCUCAAAGAGAGCACGUUUUUUCACUCUGCUCAACUAAGGCUACAGUUCACACAGCUUUGGGCUUCAGUGCUGACAUCCUCAUAAAUUUUAUGGCUGACUGUUCCAGUCUUCUUUCUUGCUUGAAGUUUGGAAAUAAAAGAGAAAAUUUUAAAAAAGAGGGGGGGGGGGCACCACUUUCAUCUGGUUUUAGUUAAAUGCCCGCAACACCCUUUGUUAAAGCUUCGCUCACAACAAACCCUUUUCUUUUCUAGUUUUUGCUCCAUAUGUACUCCCUUUCCUGUCCCAGUUUUGCCUUUUAGAAAAACUCUGCUUACUGCUGGAUUUUUUUUUUAAAAAAGCCUCCAGACUAGUAAAUACGGGGAUUCUAUUAUUUAUUCGCUUCCUUCGUUGCCCCUCCCUCGAGGCUCAGGACAAUUUACAACCAUCAUUUAAACAAUAUAUACAUAUAUAUAUAUAUAGUCAACAAUAAAACCAUCAUUAAAAUAAUACAAUCAAUAAUAAAUAUUUUAAAAAUCCUUCACUAAAA